UUACAACCUGUACAUCAAUACAACACCCUCUGUCCUUAGAUCCUCCAUUUGAAUAAGGAAAAACUUUGACGGGAAAAAAUGGAAAGGCCCUCAUGAAGAGCAACAGAGGACGGACAGACAUGAAAUAGACGUUGUUUACAGAAUAGACCAAGAAAGACAAAUUACAGGAAUACAACAUGGAAAACAGACAAAAAUGAUGGGUUUAUAAUUUAUAUAUGACGUAACAUUCUGAUAUUUUGCGUCAAAAUUAAUCUUGAUUUAUCAUAUCAAGAUAACAUUUCAUAAUUUGUUUUCUAAGGUUUAGGGUUUCCAUAGACUAUUUCCUCUGGGACUGUCCCAGUUUGGGUCCAGUCCCAGCGUGGCCGGUCACUGCGCAUGCGCACAGCCCGGCCCAGCAUGGCCAGGCACUGCGCAUGCGCACAUCCCGGUGUCCGAUGUCAGACUGUCAGCAGCUGUUGAGACCAUGAACGGUAGGACCGAGACAGCAAAUAAAACACACCCAGAAUAACCGAGAAGACCCGGUGCUGACCGGUACUGUGACCGGGCCGGGCUGCAGGAAGAGCCGCUAUUCUAUCGGUCUGCUGCUGGAGCUAACGGAGCUAACGGAGCUAACUAACGGACAGCGGACCGUCAGCUGUUAACAACCGGGGCUAACGGGCUAGCUGACAGGCCACUUGCUCACCACGCUGCACCGCACUGACCCGCUCUGACCCGGGUUAACUUGUGGACAGUCUGAACCGGACUGUCUGCUGCUUCCACCGCCGGGUUCUGGUGAAAUUCAGCAGGUUAACGGAGGCUAACAGGCUAGCUGUCAAAGUACCGUCAGUCCAACCGGGAUAGACCGCUCUGACCCGGUUCGGUUUAGGGACUGGGAGCCAGGAUGUUGAUAGCAGCGGUCGGCGCUGGAACUGGAAACCCCGCCUCCACCGGCAAGAAGCACCGGCGGAGAGGCAAAAAGAACCGGAGAGUCCGAAAAGAGGAAGGAGGGUCUGAUGACCUCUGUGAUCUUCAAAGUCUGAACCCUGACAGCAGCCUGCCCCCGACACCAUCGCAGAGUUACCCCCAAAACACCCAGCUGCCCCCCCAAAAUACUCCAGAAACUACCACACCAAUAGGAAAUACGCCAACACAUCCCGAAGAUACCAAUGAAACCACUACAGUACCCCAACAAGAACUCCCACACUUACCCAAUGAAAACAGCCCCCAACGCCCCCAGAGUGACCCCCGAGCACCUUCACCACGCCCCCAGAAUACCCGCCAGAGCACACCACCCCCUCUGGAUACAGUAGAUACCCCUUUACCAGCCCCAAGAUUUCCUGAAAAUACCUUUCAAACUGCCCCGCUUCCCCCCCUGACUGUGCCAGUGACUACCCAGAUCUUCAGCCAAUCACCUCCUGCCACAUCUCAAAGUCCCACCCAUAGUCCCAGCCAAUCACCGCCAACUGUUUACCAAAAUAUUAGCCAGAAUUCCUCCAGAUUGCCUCACAGAACUUUUGAAAAUGUCUCCCAGAGUCUGUCUGGUAGGAAAACAGAAUCCCAGCAUCCCUCCAAAUCACCUCCAACCUUACCCCAGAAUAUUACCCACAGUCCCUCUGCCCAGCAUCCUGCCAAAGCUCCUCCCACCCCUCCAUUAAGCCCCUCCCACCCUGACCCCUUCCUGCUGAACUCGGUAACCUUUACCUCCAGUGUCUCCUCCCACCUCUACUCCCCUCUCUGCUCCUCCUCUGCCUCUUUCCUCUGUCCCCUUGACUCUCUGGCCCCGCCCAUCGGCCUGCCUCCCAUGAUGGCAUCAGCCCCCACUCAUCUGACCACACCCCCAACGACUAUGAGUCCGCCCCCUCCUCAAUUGACGCCGCCCCCUGCACACCUGUUGGGCUCUGAUGAUGAAGAGCAGGAAGACCCUUCAGAUUAUUGUAAAGGUGGUUACUACCCAGUGAAGAUUGGUGAUCUGUUUAACGGGAGGUACCACGUUGUCAGAAAACUCGGCUGGGGACAUUUCUCUACCGUGUGGCUCUGCUGGGAUCUGCAGAAGAAGCGUUUUGUGGCGUUGAAGGUGGUAAAGAGUGCUCCACAUUAUACUGAAACGGCUCUGGAUGAGAUCAAACUGCUCAGAUGUGUGAGGGAUAGUGACCCCUCUGACCCCUACAGAGAAACCACCGUCCAGCUGAUCGACGACUUCAAGAUCUCCGGAGUCAACGGAGUCCAUGUCUGUAUGGUUUUAGAGGUUCUGGGUCAUCAGCUGUUAAAGUGGAUCAUUAAGUCCAACUACAUGGGCCUUCCUCUGGUCUGCGUCAAGACCAUCAUCAGACAGGUGCUGCAGGGUCUGGACUACCUCCACACCAAGUGUAAGAUUAUCCACACAGACAUCAAACCAGAGAACAUCUUAUUGGACGCCGAUGAGGUUUACAUCAGGAGAUUGGCAGCUGAGGCGACCAUCUGGCAAAGAGCUGGAGCCCCGCCCCCUUCUGGGUCAUCAGUUAGCACGGCUCCCAGGGAUCUACAGGCUGGUAAACUGUCUAAAAACAAGAAGAAGAAGUUGAAGAGAAAAGCAAAGCGUCAACAAAGAUUGUUAGAGGAGAGACUAGUGGACAUACAGAGGAUGGAGGAAGAAGACGGUGUGUUUUUACAGCCUGACGACACAGACAGUAACGGCUCUCUGGUCGUCAACGGCAACACUUCCUGCUCCACAGCCAAUAGCAAAGCGAGCCCAGACUCAAACUGCUCCUGGUUGGAGGACAGGUGUAACGGCCACGCCCCUGGCCGUUUCUCCAGCCCUGCCUCCGGCCUAUCAGGGUUCUCCAGCUCUGUGAUGUCAGCAACGUCUGAGUCAGCACUUUCUACACAGUCGGGAUACUCGAGCGGACGAGAUGUGUGCAGCGCGUCAGAUUUUGUCCUCAGUCCUCUGGAUCCUCGGAACGCAGACAAACUGAGAGUGAAGAUCGCUGAUCUGGGAAAUGCAUGCUGGGUGCACAAACACUUCACUGAAGACAUUCAGACCAGACAGUACAGAGCUCUUGAGGUUCUGAUUGGAGCAGAGUACGGAACACCUGCUGACAUCUGGAGCACAGCUUGCAUGGCGUUUGAGCUGGCAACAGGAGAUUAUCUGUUUGAACCUCAUUCAGGAGAAGAUUACACCAGAGAUGAAGAUCACAUCGCUCACAUCAUCGAGCUGCUCGGCCCGAUCCCUGUGCCCUUCGCUCUGUCUGGCAGGUACUCCAGAGAAUACUUCAACAGGAGAGGUGAGCUGCGUCACAUCUCAAGUCUGAAGCCGUGGGGUCUGUUCGAGGUUCUGUUGGAGAAGUAUGAGUGGCCGUUGGAUCAGGCGGCUCAGUUCAGUGACUUCCUGUUGACCAUGUUGGAGCUGUGCCCUGACCGCAGAGCGACUGCAGCACAGUGUCUGCAACACGCCUGGCUGCAGACAUGAGCACACACACACAAACAAACACACACUAGGUUUUGGCGCUAUUAAGGUGUUAAGGUAUACCACAGUAUUUAGAAAUCCUGAAGGUUUGAUUUUCAAUUUACACAUAAACAUUUGCACCCUUUUUUUUAUGUUAAAAGUGACAGACUGUGUUAACGUGAUGUAUUGUAGUGCACAACACGGCCACCAGAAGGGCGGGCAGUCCGUCAUGAUAGAGAGGCAGCUGGAAGAACAGGCAGGAAAAAUGAAAUGAAUUUAUUUACAGAAGGGAACUUACAGCCAACAGAAGAGUUAUUUGGAAGAAAGAAUGAGCUUGAGCUGUGUGGUCAUUUUUGCUGUUAACAACAAACAUUGAAGUCACCCGACAGAUAAAACACAGCUCGUAGACGUUUAACCUCAGCAGGACGUGUGACAGUAACCGAUGUCAAGACAGCUGCUGCUAAACUCUCAACCAGCCGCAAAUACUGUCAGAUAGCUUACAGCCAGGUGAGAAGAUGGGAAGGUAAAGUAGAUAUGUUCUAACCUACACGCAUAUGUAGACACACACACACACAUGCACACUAUGUUGAGGAGUGUUAGAAGUGUGUCACUCUGUGGUGGUGGUGAUUUAAUGUGAUGAGGGAAAUUAUCACCUUGACCUCUUGACUGUCCUGUCAUCGGAUCCCUAGGUCGAUUGAUUGAUUAAAUGAUUAGCUGUGCAGGUGGUCAGAGCAUCAUGUUUCUGCUCCAUCAAAUCUCAUGACUGAAUCCAGACGUCUCUCCCCACUGCAGCGCGUUCACUUCUACAGAUGUAGUCUUGUUUGUUCACACGUCAUGUAAAUGAGCCGAUCUAUUGAUCCUCCUCAUACACAGACACACUUCAGUACAAAUGAGGAAAAAGAGAGAAAGUAAACAAAACAGCGGUGGAAUAAAACUCUGAGUAACACUCAAGUCUUCAUACAAAGUUCAUGUUCCGUUGAAUACUGAAAGGUUUCCUCUCGUACUGAUGACUUGCUUCACUUAACAGCACAGACAAGUAAAUAAACUCAUAGAGGUAAAUAGUUAUUAUGAUGUUUCCUGACAGCAGAGGAAUAAUGUUUCUCAUCACUGCACCAGAUAGAAACAAACUGCAGGUGAAGACGUUUGGAUUCAGUCAUCUUCUCUCUGCUGACCUCUGACCUCCAAACAUGUUCUCAUGUUGCCUUAUUAAAUUAAAUCUGGUGUCUAACAGGCAUCAUGAGAAGAAAAGUCUAGUUUUAAUUUCCCUCCCUGCAGGAAUCUGAUGUUUUCUGAACCUUUCUGUGUUUUUGAUGUUUUCUCUUAAAAAAAAAAAAAAUCACGUUAAACUUUACUUUUGUUUCUUUUCUGGAA